UAUCCUAAUAGUUUACAAAACGGCGCACUUCAACAUACCAAACUUUUUCGUUUUCUGUUUUUCUUCAAAUAAAGUCUGACUUCACAUCUGAUGAAUCACCACCAUCUGAUUUCUGUUUUUGUGUCCCUCCCUCCUCACUUCACCAGGUAAGAGGGAAACAUCAGCUGAUCCUCCACCUCACCUGUUUGCAGGUAUGUGAGACGUCAUGAAAACAGCGUUAUUAACAACAAAGCAGCACACUUAUGUUUGGAGAAUAGAAACCGAAAGUUAACGAGACAGACAGGGAAAACGAAUCUUAAGUGAAGCAGGGGGGGAGGACCCGGGCUGUAUAUAAACACAGCUGUUCUGCCGCAAGGCACAUCGCAGAUCAUCGACGAUUAUUGGACACUUCAAGCUUGAAGGACGCUUUCUUCGUUACAAGUUCACUGCAAAAUCAAUCAUGGAACUAGUCAUCACUAUGCUGAACGGGACGUCCCGGACGCUGAAAGUAAACCCUCACGAGACAGUGGGGUCCCUGAAGACGUGCAUCCAGGAGCAGCUGAGGGUCCCCGUUUCGAGACAGAAGCUGGUCUUCAACAAUGGCCAAAGUAUGCAUCUGAACGACGACUCCAGACCUCUGAGCUCCUACAACCUGCACUCGGGCUCCCGGGUGUCCCUGCUGGUCACCGAGCCCGCCACCAUCCAGGUGUUCCUCAAAAACGAGAGGGGGACCAACAGCACCUAUGAAGUCACACCGGAGGAGACCGUGGAGAACUUCAGGAAGAGAGUGCAGGAAAGAGAGGGGGUUCCUGCGAACCAGCUGAGACUGAUCCACGAAGGAAAGGAGAUGCAGGCGGGGAAACUAGCCGACUACAAUGUGAGGGAGCUGAGCACCAUCUUCAUGACGCUGCGUCUGAGAGGAGGCUGAGAACGCUCACACGCCCACCAUG